AUGUCAUCCAAUGUUCCAAUGAGGUCCAGUAUUUUGUAUUCAUAUCAAGCGCUAUCCAGUGUUCCAGUGUUAUCCAGUUUUGUCCAGUUUUCCAGUGCUCCAUAUAAUCCAGUAUUUCGCGUUUCAAUGUUCCAUUUUUAUCCAAUAUUCCAAUGUUAUCCAAUAUUCCGUGUUGUCCGAUAUUCCAGUGUUUUACAACAUUUCAGUGUUACAAUAUUGUCCAGUGUUCCAGUGCAGUGUUAUUCAAUAUUUCAGUGUUCCAAUAUUAUCCAGUAUCUAGUGUUCCAGUAUUCCGGUGUUAUCCAAUAUUCCAGUGCUAUCCAAUAUUCCAAUGUUAUCCGUAUUCAGUAUUCUAGUGUUGUCCAGUAUCCAGUAUCCACGUCAAUGCAACGUUGUCCAGUGUUAUCCAGUAUUCAGUGGUUUAAUGUUCCAAUGUUAUCCAAUAUUCCAGCGUUCCAAUGCGUUAUCCAAUAUUCUAGUGUUCUAAUGUCAAUGUUAUCCAGUGUUCCGAUGGUUUGUCCAGCAUUUCUUUUUCCAGGUUCCAGCAUUGUUCAGUGUUCCAGUGUUCCAAUGUUGCCCAAUAUUCCAGUGUUAUCCAGUAUUACAGCGAUGUCUAUGUUAUCCAAUAUUCCAGCAUUCCAAAAUUAUUCAGUAUUCCAGUGCAAUCCGGUAUUUCAAUGUUAUUCAGUAUCCAGUGCCAAGCGUUAUCCAUGUUCCAGUGUUAUCCAUUAUAAUCCAGUAUUUCCAGUGUUGUUCAAUAUUCCAGUGUUCUAUAAUACUUCAGUGUUACAAUAUUGUCUAGUAUUCUUGUGUUAUCCAAUAUUCCAGUGUUAUCCGAAUCCGAGUCCAAGUGUUGUUCUAAUGUUGCCUAAUAUUCCAUUGUUGAAGCAUUGUCCAGUAUCCAGUGUUCUAGUGUUACCCGAUAUUGUCCAGUAUUAUCCAGUAUUUCAGUUUUUCAAUGUUCCAGUGUUAUGCAAUAACCCAGGAUUCCAAUAUUAUCCAGUAUUCCAGUGCAAUCCGGUAUUCCAAUGUUGUUCUGUAUCCAGUUUUCAAGUGUUAUUCAGAGUUCCGAUGUUAUCCGAUGUUGUCUAG